AUGCCGCUCUCACGCCAGGAGCCCGUGUCGUGCGAAUCGUGCCGGCGGAAGAAGCUGAAGUGCAGCCGCGAGCACCCUUGCUCCAACUGCACCGACCGCGGCGUCGCAUGCGUCUUCUCCGGCCGCCCGCCGAUAGCUCGCCCAUCGCCGCCAGCAGUCGACAGUCUUGCCGACCUCAUUCGGGAGAAUGCCGUCAUUCGAUCCCGCUUAAGUCGACUCGAGGAACUGCUUGUCAACCAAAGCCCGGAUGGACGCGCGGAGCGGCCGACCAAGGUGAGGCGGCUAGACUCGCACGAUGAGACUGUCCUUACCCCGUCAACCACGCCUUCAGCGGCGCCGCCCGAUUCGGGGCCACCGCCUGAUACAGAAUUCACGCGGAGCUACAGAAGUGAUGUGCAGUGGCUUGGCGCCGUAGGCACACAAGAAAACACCAGGCUACCACAUAUUUCUGCGGAAUUCGAGAUCCGCGUGGAGUCGAUGGAUCAGGUUGUACAGGCGGCCACAUCCAGCUAUCCGGAUAGAUGCAUCAUGCUUCCAUCCGAGGCCGAAGCGUUCCGUCUGUUCUCUGCCUAUGUCGACGAAAUUGAUCCAAUGCAACAUGUUAUCCAUGUUCCGACCGUGCGCGACUCAAUUCGGAAGCUGUAUAGUAGGAUCAACCGACAGGAACAAGUCGAAGCCAACGAGACUGUACUGCUCCUCAGCAUUCUUGGAAGCAUGGCAUCGUACUGGAGCCCUAUCGUGGACCGUCAUGCUACCUUCGACAGCACACAAAGCUCAACCGCCGUUUCCGUGCUUUGGCUGAGGCAGACGCUUGAUAUCAUGGAACACGUACGACGUUCAUCUUCCGCCAAUCUGGCGACCGUGCAGGCAUAUUUGAUUACCGUCUUCCUCGUCUAUCACAUCGAGGGCUUCUCCCCCAAAGUUCGCGGAAUCUUUGCAGCAGCCAUCUCGGCCGCCAAAGACCUUGGACUGCACAAAACGGAUGCGCAGCCCCGAAAGGAUGAUUCGCCGGCGGAGCGGCUCGACACAGAAAUCCGCCGAAGAGUAUGGUGGCACGCAGCUUGUACCGACUGGACAUUCGCCAUGGCCGGUGGACCUCACGAAGGCACUUACCUCGUCAAUCCCAGACAUAUGGCAGUGAAUCGACCACGCAACGUCACGGACGAAGAAUUAUCCUCUGCUCCCUCCUAUUUCACGAGACCGCUUUCCGAGCCGACCAUCAUGGGUUACUAUCUGCAGCGCAUUCGCAUGUCGGAGCUGAGUCGAGAGAUGACCGAUUUGACAUACGGCUUAGAGGGUGACUGCAUCCCCGCGAAUCUCGCCGACGACCUCGAUGCCAAGUUCCGAAUGUUCCUCUCCGAGCUGCCUGCAUUUCUUCGAGUGGGGAAGCACGUCGAGGGUGUGACUUAUGUGAACGGAACACCUCGUGCAGCUGUUCUACAGAGGUACAUGGUCAACUUGGCCCUGCACGCCAAACGCGCCAAAUUCCACCUGCCCCUGCUAUUGCGCAAGGAGCCCAAAUACGCCUUUUGCAGAAACGCAUGUCUGGAAUCCGCUCGCGCGGUCAUCCGGCUCAAACUGGAAUUGGCCCAGGACAACUUCUCCCUAUGGAUCUCCAAUUCCAAGCUUGGAGGAUUCUUACAUCUAUUCUUCUACGCGACCGUCGUCCUACUGAUGGACUUUUGCGUCAAUCGCGACGUCGUGGACGAGGUAGAGCGAGGCAAGGAAUUGCAGCAAGCGCUCAACACCCUGGAGCAGGCGAAGAGGCAGUCCAUCACCGCGGCCCUCUUCCUGGACACCCUCAUGUCCGCCUUGCAGAAACACAACAUCCGCCUCCAGACCCAGCGGCCCGUGGAAGGCAUCGCGCGGGCUGUGUCUAUCGAUGCGUCGGCCGAAAGAAUGCACUCGAAUGGAGGGUAUGUCGGCGGGAGCUUCGAUAAUCUCGACCUCGACGAGCUGUGGCAGAGCUACGUGAAUUCGGAGAUGAGUAAUGACUGGACGCCGUUGCUGAGCGAUUUGCAGACUGCUGCUUGGGACUAA